GGGCGACUUCUCUCUGCCUGUUGUAUCUUGCCAUGUGGUGCGAUGGGUACUCUUUGCUCUCUUUCGUGCGAUCGCGUCCAAGAGCGAUGUUGCGUGGCAGCCAAGGCAAUUUAGCCUUGCCAGUGAGGCAACCUACGCGAAGGCUACGUCCACAUGUGCGCAGUAAACAUCUGCAGUCAAGGAAAGAUAGCACAAGCACAAAACGCCCCCCAUCCCGCCCAUGCUAACCCAGGUUGCCCUUCUUUGGCCAAUCGAUCACGACACGGGCAAUAGAACGAUGUUUGUCCGAAAGUCGCCGCACCAGUGGUGGUGGCAUGUUGGUGCGUUUGCUGGUCAUGCCCACACCCUGCUCACCCUCCGCAUAUUCUGGUCAUGAUAUACCCCGCACUUGCCAAUUUCAAAGUCAAAAGGCCAAUUUACACCAACACGCGAAUUGGCGAGCCCACUUUGACCCAUCGCAGCCACUUUGACCAUCGCUCCUUUGCUGGUCCAAUCCACGACGGCCUUCAGCUUCGCGGCCGCAUCGCCAACCGCAGAACCAGACAGGGGCUUCCGUGCGAGCAGCCGGUGCAUCCCUGCAGCCACCGCACCAGCCGUGCUUGGGAUUCGAAAAGCGUUACAAGUACGGCAUUGAUUGCCAAUUGCCGAGCCUCAAUGGUCGAGCCCUACCAUUCGCUUUUGUCCCUUUUCCGCAUUCUCCGCGGCCCAACGGCAACGGCCAGCAGCCCAGCACUGGUCGGCCAGCUAACGGCCAGCCACCCGUCGGACCUCGCCAUGGAGCUCGCCUUCAAUCCUCCGCAGUCGCCCCAGGCCCGUGCCCCGGCUCGCCACAGCUACAACUCGUUGGUUGCGGCACAAAACCGGGCGGUCGCCAUCGGGCUCGCCACACCCACCCGCGCCGUCGACGUGUCAUUCCCCUCGGCCCGCCCGAGUCCGGUCUCGCCGGCCUUUGCCUACCUUCGCCGCCGUGACGCACUCGCCUCCAUCGCCGCCGACAAGCGCGCCACCGACAUGCCAGUGCUGCGGCGGGCUUCGAGCCCUGCCUCUGGCUCUCGUGCCCGCGCUGCAUCGGCCUCACCGCGGCUGCGGUUCGGCUCGGCCGCCCACCUCGAGUACAUCCGCAAGCUCGAGGCCCGCGUCGACGAUGCCGACGAUCGCGCCGUCCGCGCCCACCUCGCCCACAUCGCUGCAGCACCGGCAACUCGCGGUGAGCCUGGCGCAGCGGCUAGGCUUGCCGAAGCCUCGUCAUCGCACCUCUACUCGCGCGGCAUCGCCGCCCACUUUGAGGCCUCACGCGCCGCGCUUCUCGGCGCUGGCACAUCGAUGGCCGGCGUCCUCCGCGACCUCGAUCGUGAGCGUGAGCAGGCUGCCCGCGGGGAGAAGCUCGCCCGGUUUAAGUUGCGCAAGUGGGGAGAGUGAGCACGCGCUGAGCUCUGCGUUGGCCAGAAGCUACGAGUGCUUGGCGCGUUUGCUGGCCGGUGCCUCCGAGCCGUCGGCUCCGCGCUUGCGGGUCGUGGCCUCGCUGUUGUCACUCUCGUCGUCGUCGUCGUCGUCGUCGUCGUCGUCGUACUCGUACUCGUACUCGUCGUUGCUCGCCGAUGAGAGCUCCUCCCACAGUGCAUUGUCGGUGAUCCGGUUCCCGUGCUCGUCGCGCAGCGUGCUGUCGAUGGCCUCGACGGUCUUGGCGGCGUCGUUCUCGUCGUCGUCGUAGUAGUACUCGUACUCGUCAUCGCUGCCGGCAGCGCCUUCGGCCGCACCCGCCCGCGACGGCUUGCUUCCGUCGUCGGCGUCGGUUUCGUUGGGCGCACAAUGCCCUCGGGCGAGAAGAGGAUGGCCGCAAUCUUGGACUUGUGGUAAAUCUUGAGGAUGGUC